AUGAUCAUGAACAACUCCAACAACGUUUCUCGUCGCGACAGUGACCGUUCUGAAUCCUCUGAAGUUCAUUAUGAUUACUCCCCGAAGGACGACUCCAAGAAUGUCACCGAAGCCUACUGUUCUUCUCUCUUGAAAGAUCUCAAGCUAGAUUCCGUUCCUCAAGAGUGCCACACCUUUGCCUCCUUUCGCACUGCUUCUGCCUCGCAAAAGAAGGAAGAGGCCAAUCCCUUUGCGGGCAUGCCAGCCAACCAAGCCUUGAACGCCAAAUCGGCUCGGGCGAAUGGACGCUUGAAUCAGGCUCAAAUCAUGCGUCGCAUGUCGUCGCGUGCCCGACCUAAGGAUCGCUCUUGGUUCUAG